CAGCGACUGCGGGUGGGGACUACCAGAUCGCGGAGGGGUUGCAUUACAUAAUUCGUCGCGUCAAAUGUGAUGAGCGGAAGCCGGCUUGUUUUCGAUGUACCAGUACAGACCGGAGAUGUGAUGGUUAUAUGCCCAUGCCUUAUUCCAUACGCAUCACCAAACAGCUGGCACAAGUUACUGCAUUUGUCAGUCCAGCCGAGUCCCGAGCCCUCGAGUUCUUCUUUCGCAAGUCUGCAGCGCACCUGGCUGGUUACUUCAAUGCUUCGUUCUGGACCCGCACGAUUCUACAGCUCAGUCUGACCGAACCCCCGAUUCGCCAAGCGAUUGCUGCGAUUGGCUUUCUCUAUGAAGUAGAGGGGACGUCCACAACUCCGGGAAUGGCACAUCACUUGCUGUCUCACCGGUCCGACUUGGCGCUACAUCUUUACAACCGGGCCAUCCGUACCACCAUUGAUAAGUUUUCAUCAGGAAUGGACGUUGUACCCCUAGUCAUAGCAGCCAGCAUUCUGUUCGCAGCCCUUGAGUUCCUCCGAGGAAAUGCUGCCGUGGCUGCAUCACAUACCAGAAGCGGGCUUAACCUGGUGCGGUCCUGGCGGGAACAUCGAGGGCGAUUCCACCACACGAAGAGUUCUCGGACACAUUGGGUAGAUGCUGAAUUGGCUCCAAUAUUGAACUCAUUUUCUCUGAAUACGUACGAACGAUCAGGUCUCAAACACCUCACAAGUGCGCCACGAGAAAAAGUGCUUGUCAAUCCCGUGGAUGCUCAAGGCAAGCUCUUAGUCAAUUGGCGGUUCCAAACGUUUCAUCAGGCACGCACCGCCCUCCUUGACUUGAUGCUUUACCACAUCGGGACUUUUCGCGACUGGCAAGAUCUGGCCAGACUGACGGACCUCCCGUACUCGCCCGUUCUGCGAUGGCUCGAUACUUUCGAACAUGCCGCCCAGCGAUGGAUGGCAAGCUUUGAAUUGCUAGUGCAACGGAAGCAGUCGGCAUGUGGACCAGCCAUGGAUAAUGAGAUCGAUGCUACUCGCACGCUCUGGUAUUGCCUCCGUCUAGGACUCGGUCGGUACCGUGUGGCCAAUGAAUGCGGCUGGGAUGACUUUCGCGCUGCCUACGAGGAUAUCGUCUUGAUAGCCGAACGUCUGCUCAAUGACUCGGAACACUACCCGGAUGAUGUAUCGAAAACGAUGAGCCUUGACGUACAGUUGUUGUAUCCGUUGCAGGCCGUCGCCUGGAAGUGCCGCUGGCCGGACCUUCGCCGUCGGGCCCUGGAUCUGCUACAACGACUUCCGAAGCAAGAGCUGUUCUUUUAUACCCCGAACUACCACACCGUCUGCAGCCGGAUCAUGGAACUUGAGGAGAGUAUGAUGGGCGAUGACAUGCUUCCCCCAGAUCACGUCCGAAUCUAUAGUUUCACCAUCACCCCUACCCCCGCCACGACGGCGGACCACCCUAUUUACUCCGUCACUUUUACUACGUUCCCACAUGGCCGAAGUAGCGAGCCACACUUUCACACCGAAUCGCUAUGGCUUCAUCCAUCGCAGGCGGGGGUCGCCGCAACCAUUCCACCUGUUGAUAUGAUGCAACGUCGCGACUGGUCACCGGUCGCUCAGACGAAUACUCACACUCAGCUGUCCUCAAUACCCGCAACAUGGAUAAUGUAGAUAACACAGGCGCCUGACGAUAGCCCUCAAACAGAAUUUCUAGCCACAUAGAUGGUUAACUUUAGCAGCCAAGCAGAAUAUAUGUUCAACCAUUCCACAUGGAUCUUUACAUCGAACAAGUCGAUACGUAUAGUACUUUGACGUUAUAUUCCUAGCGAGUGGAUUUCGCGUCGGCGGUCAUUCAAACUGGAAUAAUAUAACAUAUACAGGUAACAGUCUGAAUACGGUCAACUUGAAAAGCAAGGCACUAAGGCGGACACUACCAACUGAAUGAAAUGUUCCAAAGCUCACUUCUUGAUUUCAACUGCACACAGUUCUCUUGUUGACCCUUGACUGUUCCUGCAUGGCCCUAAGCGCCUCUAAUAAUUUCUAAUUUGGCAUAUAGGUGCCCCAGUCCGGGUGGGUUUCAGUGUUAUCGCUAAUGUUAAUAUAAUUAUUCAUGUCCACUCCGUUGACUCACCCCAAACCAAGGCGGAAACUCAGAGUACUCCUUUUAACAGCACUAUUACAGUGGAUAUGAUAUACUAACUUUAGGAACAUCCCGUACAUGCGAUGAAAAAAACCAAACAAACAGCCGGCGACAAAUAUGUUGAAUAUCUGGCCAGAGUAUUCGGACAUGUUCAGGAACUGUCUAGCGCUCGCCAAUCGACC